AUGUCUCCGCCUCUCGUCACCAUCUACACUACCAGCCUGACUUCUGCCCCUACUGUCAGAAAGCAUCAUGACCUACUCAGAAGCUCUCUCAAGGGAUGGGAGAUCAAAUAUGUCGAACACGACCUGGUGAUGGAAGAAGACGCCAAGCGAAGGUGGCAACGAGCAAAGCCCACAGGCAAAGUCAUCGGUCUCCCUGGCUAUCUGGUGGGAGGCGAGUGGAUUGGGACAAUGGAUGAUUUCGAAGACGCCGUUGAGACCCAAUCUCUUGUUCAGUUUCUCAAACAAGACCUCGACAUUCCCGACGAACCUGCCCCCGCCUCUGGCGCUGCCCCCGGCACGGCGCCCAAGCAAAAGUCUAUACAAGAGGUCGAGCUCGAGAAGCUCAUGGGCGAGAUGACGAACGAUGAUCUUGACAAACUCAUGCAGGAUCUCGACGUGGGGGAGGAUGCUGGAACGAUGGGUCUGAGGCACCAGGUCCAGGCGGAGGCGAAAAAGUCAGAGGAGGCCAAGCCCGAAAAGGAGGAGGAGAAGCUGGAGAGGCGGCCAGAAGAAGAGGAGAAGCCACUUGAGGCCAAGAAGGGGGAAACGGAGGAAAAGGAGACGAACCGCUUGGCUAUCGAGUCUACUCGAAAGGCUGAUCCCAAGCAAGUCUCGAGCGGAAAGUCUGGUUAUUCCUUGGAAGGCAUAAUUGUCGACGCCAUUACCGGCAAAGAGACGGCAGGCUUGAGCGUGAAGCCUGCCGAGGAGCAUGAGGAAGACGAUAAAGAAGACCCAGCUCCAUUGACUACAAAAGACGUGGAGAGUGUCGGCACGACCAGGGGUGAGGGGAGGCGUACUGUGGUGGAUGAGAUCAAGGAGGCGAAUGAGUUGGAAGACAAGGAAGAGGCGGAUAUCACCGUGGCGAAGUCAAAGUCAGAGUAG